AUGCAAGCGGUGGGGAGGUUAGGGAGCUACAUUAGUCAAGGCGUAUACACCGUUUCCGGCCCCUUUCAUCCAUUCGGGGGCGCCGUCGAUAUCGUCGUCGUUCAACAACAAGACGGUUCAUUCAAAUCGUCACCAUGGUACGUUCGAUUCGGCAAAUUUCAAGGCGUUUUGAAAUCGAAAGAAAAAAUCGUUCAAAUCAACGUGAACGGAAUCGAUGUUGAUUUACAAAUGCAUCUCGAUAACAAAGGGGAGGCUUUUUUUCUGAGAGAAAUUGAUGCGGAAACGGUUUUGUUUGAUUCGAUUGAAUCUGGUGAUGGUGAUGGUGAUGAUAUGGAUGUUCAAUCUUUGAAGAGUAAGAGUAGUAAUUUCGGUUCGGAGGAUGGGAAGGUUGUUGGGAGGAGUAAUUCGAAUACGCGUCGGUCGAGGAUACUUGGACUUAUGUUUGGGAGAAGGUCUUUGAGUGGUGAAUUUGAGGAUGCUAUUGGGAAUAAGGAACGUGCUGAGAUUGCGGCCAAUUUGUUGGAUAUUAAGUGGUCCACGAAUAUUGGUGGCGAGAAUAAUCGAGAGGGGGAUCAUGCUGUGGUUGUCGAGAAUGAGGAUGGUUCUUUUGGUGUUGCCAAGGUUGAUAAGAAAGUGAGUGGACAAGAGCUUUCAUGUGAACAAACUCAUGAGGUUAUGAACCUUUCUCAUGGGGAGAGUGGAGAGGUUCAUGUCCAUGAUCAAGUCUUGCAUUCACUUGCAACUCAGGGUACGGAAAAUGAGAAAGUCACUAAGAAUGCUGAUGCAGUGGAAGUCUUUGAGUUUCAUUCUCAGGCUCGGGUAAUAGAUUCUUCUGAUUCAGAAGCUAGUAUGUAUGACGAUGUAGAGGAUGUUCAAGACCUAACAACAUCUCCAAAACCUCAAACCAACAAUUUGGAUGUAGGGCAUUGUUCAAGUGAGAAAGUUGAGUCCUAUUGUGUAGACCUAACUACAUCUCCACAACCUCAAACAAACAACUUGGAUAUAGGGCAUUGUUCAAGUGAAAAAGUUGAGUCCUAUUCUGUUACCAAUACUUCCAGUUACAACAGCCUGGAUGACCGAGGAUUAUGUGAGAAUAAUAUGAAGGAUAAAGAUGUCUCUAGCUCUUUAUCAACUCCAUCACACUCCCUUGGUGAUUGUUUACCUAGUGAAACAUCUAGGAUAUCACUCUCCCCGAGUUCAGAUGAAGAGAAUUUCCUUUUUGGUGACUUUGAUGAAAGUGGAGUUAAUGAUCAACUUGAGGGAUCAUUAAGCCCCAAAUGUAUAGAUAAAGAAGAUAAUAUUUCUUAUGAGAAUGGAACUGAAAACUCAAGAGUGACUUCCUGUCCCAUAGUUAUCCCUAGAAAUGAGGAUGCUGGGGAGGAAGUUGGGCGGUGCACUGGAUCCUUGCCAAAUAUUUCUUCUGGUAGUAACAGUAUGUGCCAACAUGUUCGUUAUCCUUUAAGUCAAUCACUGGACUCGACAUUUCCUGGCAAGGAUAACUUGGAAUCCUUAAAAUUAGACGAGUACAAAGAGAAGCAGUUACCUCAAGAACAGGCGGAUACCAAAGAUUGCCAAGAUUCUGAUGAAUUCAAAGAUACUGCUUUGAAUCUUCCUCCUGGAGGUACAUCAACAGGAAAUUGGAGAAUUUGGCCUUUCUCCUUGAGCAGAUCAGUAUCUAGAGAACGUUUGCCGCCAAUUCCAAAUGAUGCCAAAAGUACUAUUUUUGGCAAUUCUUCAGAGAAUAUGACUUUCACAGAUGUGAACAAAAAUGAUAGCAAACCCAAUCCAACAAAAAAGAUGAUUAGGGAAACAACUCCAACUUCUGAACAGAUAGCAUCACUGAAUCUGAAGGAAGGGAGGAACAUCGUAACCUUCACUUUUUCUACAGCUAUGCUGGGGAAACAGCAGGUCGAUGCUCAAAUAUAUUUGUGGAAAUGGAACGACCGCAUAGUUAUCUCGGAUGUGGAUGGGACAAUUACAAAGUCAGAUGUUCUUGGUCAGUUCAUGCCUUUGGUUGGUGUUGACUGGUCACAGUCUGGUGUUGCACAUUUAUUCUCCGCUGUCAAGGAGAAUGGUUACCAACUUCUUUUUCUCAGUGCUCGUUCAAUUUCUCAAGCCUAUAUUACAAGGCAAUUCCUACUGAAUCUUAAACAGGAUGGCAAAAUUUUACCAGAAGGUCCUGUUGUUAUUUCCCCCGAUGGACUUUUUCCCUCUCUAUAUCGUGAAGUUAUUAGGAGGGUUCCACAUGAAUUCAAAAUUGCAUGCUUAGAGAGUAUCAAGGCUCUUUUUCCUUCUGAUUGCAAUCCAUUCUAUGCUGGUUUUGGAAAUAGGGAUACUGAUGAAAUCAGUUACCUUAAGGUUGGAAUCCCUUUAGGAAAAAUCUUCAUUAUAAAUCCCAGGGGGGAGAUAGUUGUGAACCGAUGUAUUGACACAAAAUCAUAUACUUCUAUGCAUGCUCUCGUAAACGGAAUGUUCCCCCCAACGAGCUCGUCCGAGCAGGAGGAUUUUAAUUCAUGGAAUUUCUGGAAGCUACCUCCUUCUGCAAUUGAUAUUUGA